AAUACCAUUGGCAGUAGUGCUUAUCUAAAAAAACCAAAAGGAUUAUGGGCUGCCGUGGAGUUGAUGCAGUGUGGAUGCUGGGAAUAUAACCCUGUCUUUAGGAAAUAAUGGGGAAAGGGCGCUCGCUGCUGCUCGUUCAGUGCAGCUGCUUUUUACAGGUUCUUUUUUUUUUUUCUUAGUCACAGUAUGGACACACACACACACACACACACACACACACACACUAUCAUUUCUUUAGUCACAGUAUGGACACACACACACAUAUACUAUCAUUUUUUUUUCCUGUUGUUUUGAGAAAGGGUCUUGUUAUACGUAGGUCAGUCUGACUUUGAACUUGGGCUUGGAAUCCUUUGUCACAGUUGCUCAUGCCUUGGGAUUGCAGGCAUGCUGUGUGUUAUCUUGCUUUUGCCUAAAUGUUUCUCACCUACAGUUGGUUGACUCUACAGUUGUAGAACUUUGAAUUUAGAAGCUCAACUCUGCCCUGUCUACUUUAUACAAAAAGUUAUAUUUUAACUAGUGAUGGAUAUAAAGAACAUAAAAAUAGCUUUAACAGUAUUUACCUUUGCUAGGUUGUAGCAGAGUACUAUAAGCUAGUUAGUGUAGACAACAUAAAUUUUUGCAUAAUUCUGGAGGAUAAAAUCCAAGGUGAAGGGCCUCCCAAGGCCUCACUUGUAGCUUAUGACUGCCACCUCUUGCAUCCUCAUGGUCUUUCCUCUUUGAGGGUUUUUCUUAACUCGUAUAAGAACACCAGCAGUCAUAAUCAGUUAGGAUCACCAUUAUGACUGCAUUUUACUGGUCACUCCAGUAAAGAUCUUGAUUCUUAAUAUACUUACAUUCAGGGGAAUUCAGGUUUGGGGCACAAUCCAUUUCAGAGAGUAAAACUACAACUGUGUGGUAGGAUUUCUGUGAUGGUAGAAGUAUUGUCCCUUUUGAUAAAGGCUGGUGGCUACUAAGUGGACAGUAUAGAGAAACAAUCUAAGAUGGUUCUUAAAAGCUUUUGAUUUACUUAUAUUUAUACCGGUGACAAUUGUACUUUGUUUGCUGGCAUAUUCAAGACUUACUUCUCACAUGAAGUGACUUUGUGUUUAGUGUUGUCUUCCAUUGUGAUGUAGUAUGAGGGGAUAAGUGUAGCUCACAGUAACUGCUACAGGGUGAUUCACAACUCUUUCCACCUGAGCGAGGCAGACCUGUGUGCUGCUCUUGUGGUUCUGAACUUCCCAUGUUAGCUAGAUAGUACUUCUUGUUUACUGAGUAUAGCUAUUUGAACUGGAGCCAACAGCGUGAUCUGUGAGUGGCCGAGGUGAACCUCCCCUUUACAGGAGGGAAGAGAGUGAUAGUGUUUGACGAUGCGGCUGGCAUGGAUUCUAAACUGCCGUCCUCAGUUCGCAGUACACUGCUGGAAUUGUUUGGCCAGAUAGAAAGAGAAUUUGAAAAUCUUUACAUCGAAAACUUAGAAUUGCGCAGAGAAAUUGAUACUCUUAAUGAACGUUUAGCUGGUGAAGGACAAGCGAUCGAUGGGGCAGAAUUGAGUAAGGGCCAACUCAAAACAAAAGCCAGUCACAGUACCAGUCAGCUUUCUCAGAAGCUUAAGACCACCUACAAGGCUUCCACCAGCAAGAUUGUUUCCAGCUUUAAGACUACCACAUCCAGGGCCAUCUGUCAGCUUGUGAAGGAGUAUAUUGGCCACAGGGAUGGCAUCUGGGAUGUCAGUGUUACAAGGACACAGCCUAUUGUUCUUGGGACAGCAUCUGCUGAUCACACGGCUUUGUUGUGGAGCAUAGAGACUGGCAAAUGUCUUGUCAAGUACGCUGGCCAUGUGGGCUCAGUAAAUUCUAUAAAAUUCCAUCCCUCAGAGCAGUUGGCUCUUACUGCUUCUGGAGAUCAGACUGCUCAUAUCUGGAGAUACGUGGUACAGCUUCCAACACCUCAGCCUGUUGCCGACACUAGUCAACAAAUUUCUGGUGAAGAUGAAAUAGAAUGCUCUGAUAAAGAUGAGCCUGACAUUGAUGGAGACGUGUCCAGUGACUGUCCUACUGUCCGAGUCCCACUGACAUCUCUCAAAAGCCACCAGGGUGUGGUUAUUGCUGCUGACUGGCUGGUUGGUGGGAAACAAGUGGUGACAGCCUCAUGGGACAGAACUGCCAACCUGUAUGAUGUGGAGACAUCUGAACUCGUUCAUUCCCUGACAGGGCAUGACCAGGAGUUAACACAUUGUUGCACUCACCCCACCCAGCGGCUCGUGGUGACCUCCUCCCGUGACACAACUUUCCGUCUCUGGGAUUUCAGGGACCCUUCCAUCCACUCCGUGAAUGUUUUCCAAGGACACACGGACACUGUGACCUCUGCUGUGUUCACUGUGGGAGACAACGUCGUUUCAGGCAGUGAUGACCGCACAGUAAAAGUCUGGGAUUUAAAAAAUAUGAGAUCUCCAAUUGCGACAAUUCGUACAGACUCUGCCAUUAAUAGGAUCAAUGUGUGUGUUGGCCAAAAAAUCAUAGCCCUCCCCCAUGACAACCGGCAAGUGCGAUUGUUUGAUAUGUCGGGAGUGAGGCUAGCACGGCUUCCCCGGAGCAGCCGACAGGGUCACAGACGAAUGGUGUGCUGCUCAGCGUGGAGUGAAGACCACCCCAUAUGCAAUCUAUUUACCUGUGGGUUCGAUAGGCAAGCUAUUGGGUGGAACAUCAAUAUUCCUGCACUGUUACAAGAAAAAUAAGUCACUGAUGUUCCUUAGCUCCAAGUUUGCCAUGGACUUUUGAUUCAUGCAGGCUCUUCUGCAUAUUAAUCAGCCAUUAUAGUGAGAGUUUGACCCUGGGAAGGGUGCCUUGUAUAUGUUCUUUUCACAUUGUGCCCAGCUUGCAUGAAGUGUACAGAGAGAUGUGUGAUUCUGUUUUUUAUUUUUGUCUUGUGUAUAAUGGCAUCCUCUGGUCAGUAGAAGUGAAGCUCACUCCAUGUAGCAUACAAAAUGCUUUGAGUUGUUGAAGCUGACAGAUGAGCAGUAGGGCAUUACAUUACAUUGUAUGAAUCAAAUGUGAACUGUGUGUCUAUUGUGAGGCAUAAACAGUCUGUUACAUUGUCUGGAGUAACUAGACAUAACUACCUUGUCCUGGGAAGACUGCAGAGCUCAUUUGCAUUGGCUAGCACGAGGCAGGACUGACAGAUUUCAUUCUUACUUGGUUUAUGUGAAGUUGUAGAACGUGCUGUUGUGUAAUUUCAUUUCGACUCUUGACUUCUGUUCCGGUCCUGUAAAAGAAACCUGGAUUUGCAACGUUUUGUGCAGAAUUUCUUUUGAGAAGAAAAUGUUUCUGCUAUUUUGUAGAAAAUGAUUUCAAUCUCUUGAGGUCUCAUACAAGCAAAUUUUAAAAUACGAUUAUUCUAAUCAUCGAUUUUAGACAUUAAACAGAAUUCAAAGCACUUUAAUUUAUAGCUGUGGUUAUAAACAGUUUUUAGAAGUUUCAAAUGAUUUAUCCAUUGAAUGUGACUUGAUCUUUAUACAAAGGCCCUUCUACCUGAAGACAAAAUAUUAUUUAUUUUCUACAUCUUUGGUUUUCAUAUUUCUAAAUGGGUUCACUUCCUUGGUGGUGUUUGGAGAGCCAAGAAUGCAAAUAAAUGAGCACUACCUCAAAAUAAAUAUUGGGAAACCUUUGGAGUCUCACUGCUGCAUGGAUAAAGCACUUGAUUUAAAGCUGGAUUAUUGAAUUCAAGGCAGAAGGCAAGAAAGACAACCGCACCCUAUGUAGCUUGCAGGUGAAAGGCUCUCUAGGUAGCCUGGGAAGGUGAUAGCCGUGGCAGACAGUUAUAUAGGCAACCAGAAGCGCUUGUCUUGAACAGCUUGGAUACCUCUCAGUGCCAGUCUUUCUACUGCACGAGUGAGCCUUUUGUUCUCUCCUUCUAGACAUCACUGUUCAUCUGAUGUUUGUAAGUUUGUGUUUCAUACAGAGUUACAGUUUUGAUAAAGAGACAUCUCAGUUACUGCCCCUAAGGCAUUAAUCCUUUCCAUACCGCCCUACGGAGAGUGACCAUUUAGGGAGAAGAGAAGAGGUAAUACACUGUUAUGGUCACCCCCCCCCCCCAACCCCAACCCCUGGCUUUCUCGUUGGGUGGCAUAGGAGGGCACCUGAACUCUAGUAAGUGGUAGGAAGUUUGGUAUAAGAUGUCUAAUGUGCAUAGAACAUUUGGGUGGCAUAGGAGGGCACCUGAACUCUAGUAAGUGGUAGGAAGUUUGGUAUAAGAUGUCUAAUGUGCAUAGAACAUUUGGGUGGCACUUUCCAGGAGUGAGAACUUGGUUAUUGACAUCUUUGACUUGGGCACCAAAGUUGCUGAUCUUAGGAACUUCGUAUCUGACUCGUUAGAAAGAUUCUUUGAGUAAUUUUGUUUUUGCAACUUUAAAAAAAAAAAAAACAUUGUAUUUUUAAAGUUUGACCGUUUCUGAUCACGAGUCUCACUGUGGUGUAUUUGAGAGCUGAGUCCGGCUGGUCACUGUAGUUGAUUAAAAUGUUAGAGCCAGCUCUGGCUGUCUUGAAUGUAUUUUGCUUGAUGGUGGAAUACUGUGUGACGAUGAUCCUGGUGGACUGCUUGACUUUACAGCCACGCAGGGUUUCCAUACCCCUCCAUUCCACUCUGUUCACAGAGUUGUUCAUGUCAGUGGCAAGCCAUGUUCUUAUGUUCUUUGCAUCUUAAUCCCAAAGUCUAGGUAUAGUUAGGAACAUUGAAAAAAUGUAUGCAAAUACAAACAGCAAAAUCAAACAUAGGACCUACCAGACACAAUUUUGGAGCUUUAAAAAGUCUUUAUUGGUGAUCAUCGACUUGUAUACAAACUAGUGUCCUUCACUGCCAAUGGCUGCUUAUUUUCUUUGGCUAACUGGAGGGACGAGCCUCUGACAUAGACAUGAGGCUCCCCACGCAUUUCCACGAGGGCAGAAGACGCUAAUGGUGCUCGAUGAGAGUACUCAGGGGCAGAUGUGACUUACAUUAACUGCUGUUUGUCGUCUGUCCUCACCCCGUUGCUGCUGUGAGCACAGUGUUAUCUUUAAGAGUCUGUGAUUGGCAUGGGCUUGAGCUCAUGAAUGUGUGUAGGCCUUGUACGUGUGGCUAAGGAUAUGUCAUGCUAUCAGCCACAGCUAAUCUUAUAUUAGAAAUAGUGUUUGGAAUUAGGAACACUAUUAUGUGCUGGAGUGUCCAGAAUUUCAUUUAAUAAUGGAGGGGAAAUAUGUGGUUACUAAAUGUGCAUUAAUAUAAAAUUUCCCAAGAGAUUUGUUGGACAGAAAUAUCCCUGCCCUCACCAUAACUGAAGCAUACCAGUUUUUGUAGAGUCAAAAAAGCUGUACAUAUUUGGGAAUCUGAAGACUAUGUAAAUCAUUUGUUACUUAAAUCUGUGAAAAAAGGUUUUAUUUUGUUUUGUUUUAUUUUUGAGGGAAAAGUGCAUUUAUAAGUGUUCUGUGGAAUCAGUUAUCUUUACUGUGUUGAUGUAACUGUUUGUAAAUGUUCAGUGUCUUCAUUGAAAUACGAAGUUCAUUAAAACAUUUGUGUUCCAUAAU